GGUUAGCUCCAUUGCCUUGAACAAAAUACAAAGGAUUUGUAUGAUAAUUAAAAGGAGCAUACAUACAGGACCAAAGAAGGUAGCAUAUAUGCCACCGUUCUCCGAAACGUAUGCAUAAAACGCAAGAAAAAAUGAAGACAGGGCAGGGUAGUGCAAGAUAUCUUCUCUUGUGAUAACAUACAACAAGAGAGGGAGCUAUUAUUUGUUAGGAAGCAAAAAGAUGGCGAUUAUGGAAAUCAGAAAUAAGAAGGUGGUGGAAGAUGCUGCAAUAAUCGGAGGGUUGAUCGGAGUCCAAUUUAUCUACGCAGGGAACGCUUUUCUGAUGAGUUAUGCUAUGUCAUUAGGCCUUACCUCUCUUACCAUUGUUAUUUUCACUUCCCUAGCUACCUUCCUUGUUCUCUUCCCCGUUGCCUUUUAUUUUGAAAGGACUAAGUGGCCCAAGGAGUGCAAACUCAAGCUGAUUAUGCAACUCUUGUUUCUUUCAUUUGGAGGACUAGCUUUCCAGUGUCUGUUUCUGAAAGGAAUCAAUCUAACUUCACCAGCAAUGGGAACUGCAAUGCCAAACCUUGCACCGGGUCUUAUCUUCAUCAUGUCUUGGACUUUUGGGUUGGAGAGUGUAAACUUAAGGAACACACAUAGCAAAGUAAAAAUCUUAGGAACACUGCUAUGUGUUUUUGGGGCUCUCACAAUGAGCAUAAUGCAAAGCAUUUCUGCUCCUCCGGAGACCGGUUUUGAGGCUACAGUUCAAUCAUCAUCGACGCCAUUGCAGUUUGUCUUUGACAAGCACAAGAUGAUUGGCAGCCUUUUUCUUGUAGCUGCAGUCUUCAUACUGUCGAGCAGCGUCGUCCUGCAGGUACCAUGUGAUGUGAUCCAGUUAAAAAAUUUGCACUAGAAAAAUGUUAAAAGCCAUAAAGUUUAUAAAAGAAUUAUAAUGCAGGCUUUUGUUCUUGGAGAUUUUGCAGCACCUAUGUCCUUGGGUGCAAUAACGUCCUUGUUAGGGGCCUUCAUGACCGCAAUUUUUCAGUUACUUACAGAACACCAAGAGAAAACUGAUUGGCAAGUUCUGCGUUUUAAAGACCUAAUUGGCUAUUCUUUUCUGGCAGGUGUAGCGAGUGGAAUAUGUUUAAGCUUCAAUGGUUGGGCACUUAAGAAGAAAGGACCAGUCUUGGUCUCCAUGUUUAGCCCCAUUGCUACAGUCUGCUCUGUCAUUUUCUCCUUUGUUACCAUGAGAGACACUAUUAAUUUUGGAAGCAUUGCAGGUAUGUUACUCAUGUUCACUGGCCUGUACUUAGUUCUUUGGGCCAAAGACAAAGAAGGCAACGCAAGAGGAAAUAAUGGCAAUGAGAUUGAGAAGGCUUUUUUAAGUUGAUUGUGUUUUCAAUUGUGCAAAUAGAUGCACAUGCUGUGACCAAGAUUGGAAAAGUUAAGCGUGUUAUGAAAACAGCGAUUUAACAUGAUAUAAAGAAGGGCAAAUAAUGUAGCUGACUUCCUUGCAAAACGAGCUGCUCUACAGAUUCGAACUAUGUCAAAUGACCGGUUUCAAAUGAUGAUUUUUUCGAAUUUGUCGUAGUGUGUUAAGA